AUGAUACUUAAAAAUAGAAAACGAGAAAUAGUUUUCAAUGAUUUGAAUAAACUUUUCAUUGUACUUGAUGGUUUUAAAUAUGGAGCAGAUUUUGUACUAUAUAAAAAUAAUGUUCAUGAAGAACAUGGAUUUGCUCUAGUUUUUAUAAAGGAGGAAAAUACUUGCUUAAAUGAGAAAGAAAAAAAUAUAAUUGUUAGAAUAUGUGAAAGUGUUAAAAAAAAGGCAAUUAUUGCUUAUAUUAAUGAAGACAACGAAACUAUAAGAUACGAAGAAGUUGUUAGAAAGAGAAAAUGA